AGGUGUGGUCUAACUGCAAAACCGGAACUAUCCAGAAGGCAGUGGCCAGUUUCAGCGCAGUCUCCGACAGGCACAGACGCGCAAGAAGAGCAGAGGAGAAGAGGAGGACUUUUACAACUUUCAUUGCGCUUUGUUUUGUUGAAACCGGUCAUUGAAUUGGUGCUGCAGUUUCUCCAGAGAUGAGUUUGACCGGAUCUCAGACCAGGCUCCACCAGAUCGGCCGCAGAUCCACCUCCCGGCCGGACCUCACCGCUGCGGGCUUCAGUUUACCCCGGAGUGACGGAGCGCAGCUUUUCAUGAGUGGAAAUGGAUACCAUUCUGACUUCAAUGAUGGCUAUGUGCAGACCACAACACACACUUUCUCCAAAAACUCACUGGGAGGAGGAGGAGGAGGAGGAAUGCAGGGCAUGACAUCCAUGUCUGUUCAGAAAAGAGCUCAGUUUCUUUACCAGGAAUGUUUUAGCUAUCUGAAGCGAGCGCAGAACCUGCUGGAGAACAUGGCACCAGCAGCUGAAGUGGACAAGAACAUGAUGGCGGCAGCGGAGGCCAUGGAGCAGAUGAGGACGUGUGCCGUGGAAUUGCGGAACGCCGGCCUUUCCAAUGAAAACAUCGUCCGCAAUCUGGAGGAGUGUGCCGCCAUCCACACAGAGAUCCGUAACUCCAUCACGGGCACCACUCUCCGCAGGACCGGCACCGUGAGCGGAUGGGAGGAUCCCACCAAGAGCUUUCAGGAGGCAAUGCAGUGGAUCAACCAGAAAAAGAGACUCAUUGAGACCUCACCCUUCGGUGAAGAUGCGGAGACCAUCAGCCAACAAAUCAUGAAUCACAACAAGUUCCACAGUUCAAUCCAGAGAAGCCUGGAGGUGGACAGAGCACGGGAUGAACUGAUGCAGAGCCGAGAGAAAGCUGGACUCCACGCUCUGGACCAGGAGUGGGACACGUUACAGAAAAUGUCUCAUUUGCGUGCAGCUCAGCUGCGAGACUUGCAGGGCAUCAUCGAGGAGAUCUCCAGAGCCAUCAUGUGGGUCAACGACAGGGAGGAGGAGGAGCUGGUGUUCGACUGGGGCGAUAAAAACAUCAACAACUACAUCCCCCGCAAACAAGAGAGCUACUCGAAACUGAUGAGUGAUCUGGAAGAGAAAGAGAAAGAGCUGAAUAAACUGAAGGUGAAGGUGGACAACCUCCUGAAGAACCAGCACCCAGCGUCGGAUAAGAUCGAUGCUUACAUGGACACGCUUCAAACCCAGUGGAGCUGGUUACUGCAGAUCACCAAGUGCAUCGAUGUUCACCUGAAGGAGAACGCCGCGUACAGCCAAUUCUUUAAGGAGGCCAAUGAGACGUACACCAGACUCCAGAAAGACCACGAGUUGAUCCGUAAGAAGUUUAUCUGUGACAAGAACACACCUCUGGAGAAUCUCACUGAAAUGCUCAAAAACCUGGAGAAAGAGAAGGAGAGGAUGAUAGAUAGUAAGAGGCAGGUUCAGACGCUGGUCAGUAAGUCCAAGAACAUUGUGUGUCUGAAACCUCGUAACCCAGAGGAGAAGAGCAGCAGUCCGGUCAUAGUGAAAGCUCUGUGUGACUUCAAACAGGAUCAGAGGGGCAUUAUGAAGGGGAAUGAAGGCAUUCUGAAGGACAACACUCAGCGCAGCAAGUGGCAUGUCACUGGACCUGGAGGACUGGAAAUGCUGAUCCCAUCCGUGUGUCUGAUCAUCCCACCGCCAAACCCUCUGAGCAUCAGUCUGGCGCAAAAGAACGAGCAGUACUACGAAGCCAUCAUGUCCAUCUGGAGUCAGCUGUACAUCAACAUCAAGAGUCUGAUUUCCUGGCAGUACUGCAUGAAGGACAUUCAGCACAUCAACUCCCUCACGCUCUCUAUGCUCUCAAAAAUGCGUCCUGAGGAGUAUCGCAACAUUAUUAAGAGCCUGGAGAUUCACUACCAGGAGUUUAUGCGUAACAGUCUUGGCUCUGAGAUGUUUGGCGAUGAAGACAAGAGAAAGAUGGAGAUGCAAUACGCAGGAGCACAAUCCCAUUAUGACCAGCUGGUGAUCCAACUGCCCAGCUAUAGGGUGAGUGGAAUGAAAACAACUGAAGUGAUGGUGGAGACAGAUGGGAAGAAGGUGGUGACGCCUGGAAAGACAACGGUCAUCUCGGGGCUGAAUGUCAAUCUCAUGACAGACCUGAGCGCUCUCAGACGCAGACUAGAGGCAGCGGAGUCAGGCUUGAUUCAGCAUCUCCACGUGUCUCUGAAGGAGAACGGUGUACAGCAGUGCUCCCAAAGACUUGUGCUGCUGCAGGGUGUACAUCGUGAUCUGGACUCCAUCCGGGACGAGUACCUGCACCUGAGGGAGAAGAUUUUAAGAGAACUGGAUGGAAGCACUAACCCAGAGCAGACCAAGUACCUGCGCAGCGAACUGGACAUCAUCAACCAGAAACUGGGCAGUCUGCAAGGCUUAUCAACCGCAUAUAUCCAGAGGCUCACUGCUCUUCAAGCUCUGCUCCAGAGCCUCCUGCAGGCUGAGGACAUCAUUAAAGUCCAUGAGGCUCGUCUUACAGAAAAAGAGACGAGUUCUCUUGAUCUGAAUGAAGUGGAAAAUUACCGCACGACUCUGAAGCUCAUGAAAGCAGAACUGGAGCAGAAGAAGGGUGUUUUGAAGGCUAUGGAGUCGGAGCUGUCCAAGGCUGUACACUGGAACAGUCAAAUAGACAAAUCUUUCCAUCAGUGUGAUGUUGAUCUGUCCAGAUACACAGAGCUCGUCGGACAGAUGACUGACCGCUGGCGCAGGAUUGUGACUCAGAUUGAUAGCAGGGUAUGGGAUCUGGAAAAACAAGAGAAACAGCUGAAUCACUACAAGCAAACAAGCUCCAUGCUAAACAGAUGGAUUCAGGAAACACGUCAGCGGCAAGAUGCCCUCCAGAUUACUAAGUUCAACAGCGUGGAUAAUUUAAUGGACCACCUGAACCAACAAAAAGUGCUGUAUUCUGAGAUAAAAGGAAAGAAAGAAAAAGUGGAUGAUGUGGUCAAAGACGCAGACACCUGUGCUGCCUCCAUAAAGGACUAUGAGCUCCAGCUGGCGUCCUACAGUGCAGGUUUGGAGACGCUGCUCAACAUUCCCUUUAAGAAGACUAUGCUGCAGUCUCCAGCCACUGAACUGAGGCAGGAGGCAACGGAGUUGCAGUCACACUACAUAGAGCUCUUGACGCGUUCAAGUGACUACUACAAAUUCCUUGGAGAAAUGCUAAAAAACAUGGAGGAGUUAAAGAUGCGGAACACUAAAAUUGAGCUUUUGGAGGAGGAACUGAGACGCCACAAGGACAACCUCCAAGACCAAACCAUUAAGAACAAGUCACUGGAGGACAGUCUGACUCGCUAUCGGCUGGAGCUGACCCAGUCUAAAGAGCAGCUUAUAUCUAUGGAGGAGGUGAAGAGAACCCAGGCUAGGCAGUGCAGUAGUGCUCAGGAAAGCCUGGACAGCACCCAUAAUCAGCUGAAGAGCUUACAAGACGAGAUGUCCCGCCUCACGUUUCUCAUUGAGGAGGAGAAACGCAAGCGGAGGCUGGCUGAGGAGCGAUACACCAACCAGCAGGAGGAGUAUGAGCUUGCUAUCCGCAAGAGACAGAAAGAACUGGACGAGCUCAGUAUGUCCAAAAGCCAAUUUGAAAGGGCCAUCAAAGAAAAGGAACGAGAGAUUGAACGGCUGAAAUUACAGCUGGACGAUGAGGCCUCCCGGCGCAGUGCAGCAGAAGCUGAGACCUCAAAGGUAAGAACGCAGUUGAACCAGGAAAUUAAUAGCCUAAAGCAAAUGUAUGAAUCUGAGAUCCACAUCACCAAGACCACUGUGCUCAAGACAACACAGCAGAAGGAGGAGGAAUCAACAACUCUAAGACUUCAAAUGGAUAGGUUAACCUCUGAGAAAAGAGACCUGGAAGAGGAACUAAGAAAGGUGCAGCUUUCUUUCUCCCACUCAGAAGCAGCACGGAGGAAAGCAGAAGAGGACGCACUUCAGCAGAGGUCUUCAGCGAGCGAGGGAAGCAGGUGCAAGAGGGAACUGGAGACACAGAUUCAUCUCAUAACACGUCAGAAGGAAGAGAUUGAAACAAGACACAGGGUGGAACUGGCAGAUGCCAACAGAGUUGCUCAGGAAAAGGCCCGUGAGAUUACCUUGUUGACCCAGAAUCUACAAGACGAGACCAGGCGUAGGAAAGCCGUGGAGGUUGAGAAUCAAAGUCUCAGGCAGUCUCAGGCUGAGAUACUGGCUAAGCAAACUUCAAGCACAGAGGUCAUUAACAAGUUGAAGAUCUCGGAGCAAGAGCUACUCGUUGUAAAGAGAGAGAUAGAGAUGCAGAAAAACGAUAAGAGCAAGUUGGAACAGAAUGCCGCCAGACUGCAGAGUCGCAUCAGUGAACUGCAGUCCAAAGUGAACGAGUUGCAGGCUGAACUGGAGAAAGAGAAGAGGAAUAGUCAGGAUGAGCUCACGAGGAGAAAACGAAUGGAAACGGAGCUGGAGAAGGUGAACCAGACGUGCCGGGAAUACACCACUACCAUCAGCACACUACGGGUCCAUCAAGAGAAGGAAAGUGCUUCUGGACGCAGGUAUGAGCAGGAGCUUCGCAGCUCUAAGGAUGAGUUGCAGAGAAUCCAGAAGGAGUACAACGUUACCGUAGAGAAUCUGACCAGAGUGAAUGCAGAAUUGAAGGCUUUGCAACAGCAGCUUCUACGGGAACAGGCCCUUGUCCGUGAGGCCAAUCAACGAAACGAUUCCCUCUACAAGACAAUAGAGGACAAGACUCGAGCGCUAAAUGAGAGCACCAGCGAGAUUGAGAAGCUGCAGAACCUUACUCAGAAUCUUACCAAAGAGCGUCUGCGGCUAGAAGAGGAACUAAGGAGUAUGCGACUAGAGCGAGAUGAUGCGAAAAGAAGCCUGAGCACCAUAGAGAGUGAAAGUGCUUCCCGAUUGUCUGCCAUUCAGUUCCAGUUACAAACCAGCAAUAACAGAGCACUGGAACUGCAGGAACUAAUCAAUGAACUGACUAAAGAGAGGGAAAGUUUAAGGGUGGAAAUUGCCCAAAUCCAAAAGCAGUUCACGGAGACAUCCAUGAUGAUCCAGCGAUCUGAUGCCAACUACAAAGAGAUUGUGCAAGAAAGAGAUAGUCUUUUAAUCAAACUGAAGCUGUCACAACAAGACAAAGAAAAGCAGCAGCGGUAUGAAGAGGAACUCAGGCGCAUCAAACUCUCCUUGGAAUCUGAGACGAAACAGAAGCAACGUCUCCAGGAUGAAGUUGAUAGAAUUACCAAGGAUUUCAAGUACUGGAAAAGCCAAUAUGAUUUGAAAGAGGGGCAGAUCAGACAGAGUGAAGUAGAUAGAGACAAAGUUGAGAGAGACAGAGCCUCCUUCCUGAGUGAGAUCCAAAGAUUGACAGCUGAGCUGAGGAGUGUAGAAGAACGCUACAAGAAUCGUCUUCACAGCUCAGAAAAGGAAAUCUCAGAGCUCUCUCGGAGGAAGGAGUCUUUGGAAAUGGAACUGAGGAGGUUGCAACAGCGUCCAGUUGCAUCCUGCAAGCAUACUCAGACUGAUGGGGUUUCCAAAUCUGAGGGUACUGUCCAGAAUAUCACAGUGCAAGGUCUGCGUGGUGAGGUCUCACUUACUGAGCUAGUAGAUUCCAACUUGCUUGAUCAAACAGAUUUGGAUAAAAUAAACCAAGGAAAACUAACGGGCAAAGAUAUCGAGCACAGACUCAGAUCUUACCUGGGUGGCUCUGAUUGCAUCGCUGGUAUCUAUGAUGAGGCCAAGGAUAGGGUCAUGCCCUUUUAUCAGGCCAUGAAAGAAGGUCUAAUUCGACGGGGAACCACACUGGAGCUCCUGGAGGCCCAGGCUGCCUCUGGUUUCAUAAUUGAUCCAGUCAACAAUGUCUGCAUGACGGUUGAAGAAGCGUGGAGGAGAGCUCUUGUGGGAAAGGAGUUUAAAGACAAGCUACUGUCUGCUGAGAAGGCUGUGACAGGAUACAAAGAUCCUGCAACGGGAAAUAUCAUCUCACUCUUUCAAGCUAUUGAGAAAGAAAUCAUAGAGAAAGGUCAUGGAAUUAGACUCCUGGAAGCUCAGAUAGCUAGUGGCGGUAUCAUAGAUCCUAAAGGGAGUCAUCGAAUUGAUGUGGAAGUGGCAUACAGGAAAGGCUACUUUGACCGUGAAAUGAAUGAUAUUUUGUCGUAUGAGGGUGACGACACCAAAGGCUUCUUUGACCCCAACACCCAUGAAAACCUCACAUAUCUGGAUUUGAAAAAGAGAUGCAUCACAGAUCCUAAGACUGGGCUUAUCCUUUUGCCUUUGAAGGACAAGCAGAAGCCAAAGCAGACAACAUCUCAAAAGAACACACUGCGCAAGAGGAGAGUGGUGAUUGUUGACCCUGACACUGGCAAAGAGAUGACCGUUCGGGAAGCGUUCCAUCGAGAAUUAAUCGACUAUGACACUUUUCUGGAGCUUUCUGAACAAGAGUGUGAGUGGGAGGAGAUCACUAUCGAAACAUCUGAUGGAAACAAGCGUUUGCUUGUUGUUGAUCGCAAAACUGGAAUGCAGUAUGACAUUCAAGAGUGCCUAAAUAGGGGAAUCAUAGAUAAACAAACCUUUGACAAGUACCGUGCAGGGACCAUGACACUCACUGAGUUUGCAGCUAUGAUCACAAGUAAAAGCAAUAGUUCGGAGCUUGCCAUCUGCUCCAGCAGUCCUGAGGAUGUUGCUACUUGCAGUAGUCCCACGCAGAUCGCGCCAUCAUCUCCAACUGUCCGCAAACGAUUUGCCAGUGUAUCCAUUACACUCUCCCCUCCAACUGAUAUUUUUGAUGACCAGAGCCCAGUGGGAGCGAUUUUUGAUACAGAGACCCUAGAGAAGAUAACCAUCCCUGAGGCACAGCGACGUGGAAUAGUGGACAACAUCACCGCUCAGCGGCUCUUGGAAGCCCAGGUUUGCACUGGAGGAAUUGUCAAUCCUUCUACUGGCCAGAGACUCUCUCUGAAUGAUGCUGUCCAACAAAGCAUUAUUGAUGAAGACAUGGCUGCCAAGCUAAAACCAGCACAGAAGGCUUAUGCAGGUUUUGAGGAUGUGAAGACCAAGAGGAGACUUUCUGCUGCCGAGGCCAUGAAGGAAAAAUGGUUGCCUUAUGAGGCAGGGCAGAGGUUUCUGGAGUUCCAGUACCUGACAGGUGGACUUGUAGAUCCAGAAACCGGCCGCCGGGUCAGCAUUGAGGAGUCCAUCCGACGAGGAUGGCUUGAUGGCAAAGGGGCGCAAAAGCUGCAGGAUACAAGGAACUACAUUAAGAACCUUACCUGCCCUAAAACCAAACUUAAGAUCUCAUACAAAGAGGCCAUGGAUAACUGCAUGGUGGAGGAGAACAAUGGCAUGAAGAUUCUACAGGCUACUUCUAUGUCUACUAAAGGCAUAAGCAGCCCCUACAAUGUGUUGUCAGGACCAAGCUCUCGCACAGGGUCCAGGGCAGGAUCUCGCACUGGCUCAAGAAGUGGAUCACGCAGAGGCAGUGUCGACUACACCUCCUCUGUUUCUUACAGCUACAUCUCAUCUUAGCUAUACAGUUAGUUGUGAUUACUAUGCUUAGUAUGUACAAUUUAAGUAUGAUUUUCUAUUCAAGAGGAUUUCAGUAUGGGUUUGGGAUACAGAAUGUAGAUUGACAUCUUCUUUCACUUUUACUAGCACUGAUCAAUUUUCUUGGGAGUUUAAGAUGUCUUUUAGAUUAAUGGUAUUUUUCAUUAUUUACACAAGGGGAAUUUUAGAUUUGUCAUGACAUUUAACAAUGUUUUCAUCAUUUCUUUUUUUUUUUUUCGGUAUUUGAGAUUGUUUUCAUUUGCAUGUUUAUUUACAUUUUACAUUACAUUCACAUGUAUUCAUUUACUGUAGCAGACACUUCUAGCAAUACAGCAUAGAGCCAAUAGCCGCUUUUCCACCAUUGGGCUGAAGAACAGUUCCAGUUAUAUUUCCACUUGAGCCUGGUAUGGCAUGGCACGAAUAAAAAACAUUUUUCGGCCCAGAAUUCUUAGUACUGUUGGCUAACUGUGCUGGUAGAAUACGUGUGGUGACAUUGCCACUCAGGUUUGGUCACUUGUCUGUUGCCUGGCUGCCAGUUUCUCUGUAAAUAUUUGAUCAUCCUCCAUAACGAGGAUGCUAUUUACAGCUCAUAUCAUCUGUAAACUCUUGUUUAAGGCAGCGACCGACUCAUUUGUAUUACAUCACAAAGAGCUCCGUUAUCAGCCCCAGAGUGGAAAAUGAAGCCGUAUGGCUGGGCCGGAUUGGCACGGUUAAGCAAUGAGGACAGUUUGGCCUGACGGCGGGAAAGCGGCUAAUGUUAGUCAUAUAAAAACGCUACAUUAAGAAACAAGUACUGUUUUUAUCUAAAUCGUCUGCUGACUUUGUAUCAAAAUGGAUCUACUAAUUUCAAAGUAGAAAUCAUAUAUUUUGAGAUUUGCUUUUAAUGAAUGAAUAUUUGAUCUGAUUGUGUUUAUAUGGAGCAAUUUAAACAAUAAAAACUAUUAAAAUAUAAA